AUGGGGUUGUCCGUCUUUGAAGAGCAGCACAAUGUUAUUCUGCAAGAAAUCAAGAACAUCACGCAGAACGAUUGGAAAUGUUUGAUAGUCGACGAGACCUCCAAGAAGAUUGUCGACAAUGUUGUCAAGUCAGAUGACAUCCUCAACAACAAUAUUGCCACCAUCGAGCUGAUCGAAGCUCGUCGCGAGUCUAACCCCGAGAUGGACGCCAUCUACCUCCUCAGCCCCGAACCGCACAUUGUCGAAUGCCUCCUGGCCGACUUCGAGCUCCGGCGCUACCGAAGAGGGUUUCUGGUAUGGACGAACCUGCUAGAUCCAGCCCUGCGAAGAAAGAUCGACGAGUUCCCCGGCGUGCGCCAGCUGCGCGCGAGCUCUCGGACGCUCUUUGUCGAUUUUUACCCUCGAGAAUCACAUUUGGUGACGUUCCGGGAUCCCUGGAGCUUCCCGAUGCUCUAUCACCCGGCGUGUAAUGCCAUCGUCCCCAAGCAUAUGCAGCUCCUUGCGCAAAGAAUUGCCGGAAUAUGCAUCACUCUCGGAGAGUAUCCAAAGGUGAGAUACUACCGGCCGAAAAAUGCCUUCCACGAGGCUUCCGUCUUGUGCACCCACCUGGCGAGAUUCGUACAAGAAGAACUGGACAGCUAUGCCCAAUGGGACUCCAACUUCCCGCCUCCGUCGACCAGGCCACAGUCUACGCUUCUUAUCACAGACCGAUCGAUGGACCUUAUGGCUCCGUUAGUACACGAGUUCACCUAUCAAGCCAUGGCGCACGAUCUACUUCCCAUCAAGGACGGUGACAAGGUUACUUUCCAUACGGUAAUCAACGAGGGGACACCAGAUGCAGCGGAGAAGGACAUGGAGCUUCAAGAAAAGGACAAGAUUUGGGUCGAAAACCGCCAUCGUCACAUGAAGGACACGAUUGACAAGCUCAUGGGCGAUUUCCAAAAGUUUUUGGAUCAGAAUCCCCAUUUCACUAGGGAAAAUACCGACACGACGAGUCUGAGCGCCAUCCGAGACAUGAUGGCUGGGCUGCCUCAGUUCCAGGAGAUGAAGGAAGCUUAUUCUUUGCAUCUCACUAUGGCCCAAGAGUGCAUGAACAAAUUCCAGCAUCAUAAAUUGUCCGACACUGCAGCCAUUGAGCAGACGCUGGCCACCGGGCUAGAUGAGGAUUACAAGAAGCCGAAAAAUAUUCUGGAUUCGGUCGCUCGAUUGCUGGACGACGAUGCUGUAUCUCCCGGAGACCGACUCCGACUGAUUACCCUCUAUGCGCUAUACCGUGACGGCAUGAUUUUGGAUGAUGUCAAGAAACUUCUCGCCCAUUCAGGUCUCCCCAUCCAGGAUACAGAGACUAUUAUCAACCUGGAACACAUUGGCGGAAGACCCAUUAAGCAGCUAAAGGAGCAACGGCAGGCAAUUCCUCCGCUAUUUCCCGCUGAUAAUAAGAAUUCUCAAGACGAGGACGAUUAUACUCUUUCCCGCUUUGAGCCUGUCCUGAAGCAGGUGCUGGACGGACUGACCAAAGGAACUCUGGAUCAAACUCUCUUCCCAUACGUCAAGCCACCGUUGGAUCCGAACGAGGAUAUGCUUGCAGCUCAGAGGCUGAUUGUCUUUAUGGCCGGUGGUGCUACAUACAGUGAAAGCAGGACAUGCUACGAGCUUGGUAAUGAGCGAAGCCGUGAUAUCAUCUUGGCAACUUCGCACAUGCUCACGCCCCAGCUCUUCCUCCGCCAAAUUGGAGAUUUGAGCCGCGACAAACGACAGCUGGAUCUUCCCAUUGAGCGCAAGAGACACGCACCCGCACAUCUUUUCGAGCGUCCAGCACCGCCACCACCACCGGUUCAGGCUCGACCACCACAACAGCAAGCUGCUCGACCUGGCGCUGCUGCCCAUCAACCAGUGGCUCGCCCAGGCGGCCUUCCCAGCCGACCGACUCCCAGCGGCGGUGCUGUGCCAACGCAAGCCAUGGCCAACAUGCACAUCAACUCGAGCGGACACAGGCCGACAACCUCAAACAGCUCGUACGAUGACGGCAAAGCACACAAGGAGAAGAAGAGAAGGAAUUUCCUGGGCUUAAAGAAAUAG